AUGCCGUCCAUCAUCUCCACCAUUCGCACUGUGGGCAUAGCGACCCGGCGAAUGUUCGACGCGAUGAAAUACGGGCUGGAUCCCAUCGACGUCGCCCUCCCGUCCGAGUACGAACACUUGCGCCCCGAGCUGGCGCGUAUAGCAGACCGCGUACUAUCCGCAUCCUUUAGACACUACGUGUUAGAUUGGGACUCACAGGCGUACUAUGAUGUCACCAGGACGCAGGAUGGCGGGAACUUUGCCAAAGAAGUCGACUUUCGCGAACAGUUCCGUCCGCUCGAUCCAGGAGACACCAUACGGGAUCCGUGCAUUAUCGUAGACAAGAAAGGCCACGUCGAAGGUUACAUCUUACCUGACACAAUUGAGCCGAAGAGGCUGGUUCGUUCAUGA